UAUAUUUCUAUACAGAGUUUUUUUAAUUUGAAGUUAUAUUGAUUGAAUUGAAGUUUUUGAUUUUCGGAAUUCGAUUAGGUGAUAUUCGAAAAAGUGCUUUUUUUUCUGGACACAUGUUAUUAAAUCGGGUGUAGCAUAUAACUGCCACUGAUGUAUGAUAAGCAGGUUGCAUAGAACUAAGUCGAAGUAGGCUCCGCCGUGGCCCGUGGGGAAGGUCCUUCUUUGAACUUAGCAUUAUCCUGGGCUCUUGGUUGGAUCUUUUUAAUUUAUCACCAAGAACCUUACCCCUCCAGCUUCUUCGAUUAUCGCCUGCUCGUACGAGUUUUGAUUUAUUCUCAAUAUGCCCGAAGUCGUUUGCAUUAUCAAACUACAAUCUCUAAUUCCCGAGAGAUUCAUCCUCGAUUUUCGGACGAAACAUAGAUGGUCAUCAAGAACUGAUUUGCAACAUGCCACCCAAAGUCGAGCUCACACGUAUGUCUCAACAGACUGGGACCAGAUGUAUGGACGAUGAUUGGACCGGAGCAAGCGAUUCAGCAAUUAGAAGAAAAUUACAGAAUCGCUUGAACCAGAGGAUAUACCGUCAAAGACGUAAAGCUCCAUCGAAACCCCAUGAAGACCGCGAAAACGAUUCUUCAAUUGAAGCUUCACAGCUCCGAGAGCGAUCAAUCCUUGGUGAAGCCAAAAGCACACAUUCUGCGAACCCGUUAUCGAUAACGAACCUCCGUAUCGAGAAACAACCCAGCCAACUCGAGCAACCAAGCAAUUCUUCUACCACAUCAUCGGCAGAUAUAAGUAUAAAGCGAUGGACAACAGGUCGCGUGUCGAGAUACCAAGGGUUCUGUGAGAUUCGACUGAUGCUGGCCACAUUCGAGGAAGAAGCUCGUAAGAAUUAUUCGAUGGGCUCUCCACGAACAGAUCAACUUCUCACCCUCAUUCAAUUCAACGUUUUUCGCGCAUUGAUCAAAAACACGCGAACAAUAGGUUGGAACUUGGAUUGGCUGGACUGUACUAUCGAUCCUCUAUCCCCGUGGCUUAAUCUUUCCACAAAGUUUGUUCCGGGAGCGCAUUGUCCUCAAGCAUUGUGUCCAACAGAGAUUCAGCGCACAAUCCCUCAUCAUCCAUGGCUAGAUCUUUGGCCAAUUCCUCAAAUGCGCGAUAACCUAUUGUUGCAUGCUGGAAGUUACGAUGAAGAUCGAUUGUGUAAUGAUCUAGUGGAAUUUGGAGGUCUCAUGAACGAACAAUCCGGCCUCAUUGUUUGGGGAGAACCGUGGGAUAUUUGGGGAUGGGAGGUUAGUGAGACCUUCUUGAAGAAUUGGGGAUGGGCUCUCAAGGGUUGUAAAGAGUUAUUGGCUUCAACAAAUGCUUGGAGGGCGAAAAGAGGAGAGGAAGCUCUUGUUUUUGAAGUCUGAGCAAACUACCUGACCUUGGGACGAAGCGCCGGAUGUUAUAUUGAAUUAGACUCUCAAAUCUUGGGCUCUGCGGGUUAUCACAUAUGGGUAAGGUUAAUUCCUUCCUACUUGUGCAGCCAAGAAUCACAUCCAAUAUCGUCUAGCAAACACCACCAACACCACCAACACCGCCAACGUAACGACGGGAUAAUCUGCCUGAUAAAAACAGCAGAAAUACAACUCCAUUGGAACACGUACUCAAUUAUGGUCUUCCAGCUACCAUUUUAGCUAACAAUUCAUGCGCCAUCUUCUACAAUCUACGGGGAAAGCUACGUAACGUCAAUCU